AUGUUUCCUGGAAUUUUUCCUGUUAAUCACUUUAUUUGCAAUGAAGAUACAAGCUCUUCAGAUACUCUGGUCAAAGACAUCACUGGCUCCCCUCCCGUCGUUGCGUUCGGUCUUCCUUCUCCUCCUCGUCGUCGCCACUGCUUCCUCCACCCUUGCCGACAUCAGACCUUCUUUCUCCUUGCCAUCGUCCUUUUCUUCUUUCCCAUCGCCGGCAUCCUGAACUCGUUUGGUAAGAGUUUAAGGCCUGGACUAUUUGGGUACAAAGUUUCUAGGGUUCUUGGUGGUGGUCUGGUACCUGGUUCUUUGAUUUUGAUUGGUGGUGAUCCAGGUGUCGGGAAGAGUACGCUAAUGUUACAGAUCGCAACCAUUAUAGCAGAAGGGAGAGAAAUCGGUAAACCAGCUCUUGUGCUUUAUGUCUCUGGAGAAGAGAGUGUUGAGCAAAUUGGAAACAGAGCAGAUCGUAUGGAAAUCGACACAGAAGAAUUGUUCUUGUAUUCAAGUACAGACAUUGAGGACAUUUUGGAAAAAGCUCAAGCUCUCUCUCCACGUGCCCUAAUCAUAGAUUCAAUCCAAACAGUUCAGCUAAUGGGAGUAACUGGAAGUGCUGGAGGAAAUAAGAGUCACUUCCGUGUGAUGUUUUCUGUGGAAGUUAGUUCAGGGUAUUUCUCAGCAAACCUGCCAGCUGAGCUUACAAGCACAACUGAAUUAAAGUUAAAUAAUAGCAAUAGCAAUCAGUGGCAACCCUUUCUUACAUUUAUUGAAAUCUCAAGACGUUUUUCUCUCAAAGCAAAAGCCAUUAGAUUCCGGGGAACAAUUGAAGAUUGCAACACUCUCCUCCAACAAAUCCUUUAUCAUGGGGGUGAGGAAGGUGGGGUGCUUACGGUGAGUGUUAAUGAUAUGGGGUGGUAUGGAUGUUAUCCAGAAGAUUGUGAAGAGAUGAUGUCAGCGCCUCUUAUCUCUGAGGCCACCAUUAACUUGAUAAGAAAGAUGCAUGUCGAUCUGAUGGUUGCUCACUGAAUCAAAAUUGGGCUAAGUGUUGAUUCUCACAUAUCGUUCCAAUUGGAGAAAAUUAAUGGAACUCCAUCUGUAACUGUAUUUUUCCAACUUCUUUUGCUUGCUAGGACAUGCUAUAACUUUUAUCAGUCCACACCAACAAAGUUGGCUGGAGAAAACUACUUCCUCCAUUCAGGGCAGUUGUUGUAUGUGGAUACUUUCAAGUUUGAUCAUUUGCAAGUCACACGUAAACCUCCAACUAUUUUUUAUUGGACGUCAGAGAAGAUAAGGUUUCUUGAGGAUAUUUUACAAGAGAGUGGAGGAUUUGGAUGUGGACAUGUUAAUGAAGUAUAUGUUGAAAAAGAAUUUCAAAGAUCUGAGUAUGAUGAGGAGGAAUCUGGUGGUGAUGAGGUUGAAUCUGAUGGUGAAAAGGAUUUAUGUGAUGAGGAUGAAGAAGAUUUUGAUGUUAAUAAAGUUAGUGAUGUGGAGGUGUAUGAAAGUAAAAUUUCAUGUAUGUAUCAGAAAAUGGAGUAUUUGAAAAUGGAUCUUGUUGUAAAGAUAGAUGAGGGAGUGUUGAUGUUUCCUCAAAGUCAAAAUUUGAAAAAUUGGAAAUUGUUAAUUCCUUUUGAAGAUUUAAGCUCUGAAAGUUUUGAUUUCCGUUAUGUUUCACAAAAAUAUAAAGAACCGAUAUUAAUACAUGGUUUUGUUCAAGUUAAUGAUGAAGAUUAUGGGAAUGAUUUUCUUAAUGAUGAUAAAAAUGUUGAAGAUUAUGAUCAAGGGAAAUGUUCUGGUGGUCGGGGGGAUGGAAGUGGUCCACAUGAGGGCAAUAUUGGUAAAAAUCACGUUGAAGGUAAAAGUGAUUAUGAUGAAGAUGAUGAACAAGGAAGUGGAAGUGGAUGUAUUAAGGAAGAGGACAUGAAUUUAAAUUCUGUUGUCGAAAAUGUUACUAAGAUUGUGGGUCUAAUUGAUAGCCAGGAAGGUGUAUCUUUUAGUCAAUUUAUUUGCGAUCCAGUUGUUCAAAGUUUUCUUAAAACUUUGGAUCAAGGUACUGAUGGUUGUUUAAAUCAUAAACUAGUAGAAGAUGAUGUGAAUUUGAAUUUGACUGAAAAUGUUGAAGAUUGUGCAAAUAAAAACAAUGAUUCAAAUGAGACUCGAUCAUUGAAAAAUGAUCUUGUUCCAAGUUUUAGUCUUAGAUUUAGUCAAGAUUUUGAAGGUUCCAAGAAGUCAUCUCAAAGUCAAAUUUCUUCUAAACGGAUGAUAAUGAAAAAGAUUAAGGAUAGAGUUAUUUUGGGAAACCCAAGUGCUGGUCCAGAGUGUGUUAUUCUAAAUGCUGAUGUUAUUGAUGCUAGUCCAGUUUCUUUUGCACCCCCUUUGGUUACAUUAGAAGGACCAUCAAAACCUGUUUAUGGCAAACAUAAAGAUAUAAAUGAAGAAGCAACCUCAGUAGUGGAUGUCAAAGGAAAGAGAUAA